GUUUUGUUCACUCAGUCCAGUGGCAUCAGAGCUAUCAGACCAAAUACGUACUUUACAAAGGAGUUAUGUUAUAAAAGUUUUCCCUUCUUAUCUUAUUUCCAAGUGAUUACAAAGCAAAAAGAGAGAGAGAGUCAUUAUCGAUUUGGCAAAACUUUAAUUCAUAAUAUCUGCAUGCUGUCCAAUCUACGGCCCUUUGGACAAGGGAGAUUAAGAGGUAAACGUUCUAUAAACUGGCCUGACAAUUGGAAGAUUAUCUAUGGGGUAUAAGAAUUUUUGGCACGGAGGAUUAGGGCUAUUAUUGCUCUGUAUCCUUCAUCAUGAUAUUCUUGCUGACGGUGACGUCGGCUGUCGAUUUAAUAUAAAUCUUUGCGAUUCUCAAACGGAAGUAUGUUAUGACGAUUUAGCUUUUGGAAAAUGUAUACCUUUGUAUUCGAAUUUUGAAGAAGAUGAUUUAUAUCAGUAUAAAUUAGACACCGAAGAAUUGAACUUCUUACGAUUGCAAUUGCAAAGAUUGGAAAUUGAAGGAUAUAAAUGGUCGCAUCCAUAUACUCAGUGUAUCUUACGAACGUCCUUAGAUAAUUUUCGACAUCGAUUAACGCAGGAUCUUCGGAAUUGUCAAUAUUUAAUGGGAAAUAAUAGAUACCGUUUGAAGGAUGAAGAUAUUGUCGAAGAUAAGGAUAAACAAACAGUUCCCUUUGCAAUAGUGAAGUUUACACCUAACGAUGGCAAUUCUUAUGGUGAAUUUGCCAAUGAAAUAUAUUAUCCACCGGGUAGUCGUGACGAAUCAACAAGAUUAUUUCCAAAUGAUAAAGAAUUUUUAGAUCUACCUAAAAAUAAUCUCGAAUCGGAACAUAUGCGUCAAUUAUAUAAACUAACGUACGGCUCAGAUCCUUACGAUAAAUAUUCUUUGAUUAACGAUGAAGAUUUCUAUAAAAGAAAAUUGCAUAAAAAAUCUUUAACCUUAGACGAAGUCAAAGCACAAAUUUAUCAAUCUCAACCUUAUCGUUCAAACUCAAAGAUACACGAUACAGCGAGCUUCGAGAUACUUAAAGACGCUUUAGAUGGCGAUAGUCCAAUAAGAAAACUUAAUGGUGACAUGAACUUUCAAGAAACAAGAAUGAAAUCUAAAGACAAUCUGGACGUAUUACAUAAUGAUAAAUUUGUCUUUGACGAAUCAUACGAUGGUAAUUUUGAUAUUAUUCCUGAAGAGGAUUAUGAAAAAACUUUUUCAAGAAAAUAUAAACAACAUCCGACGGUAUCUACUAUCGAAUUUUUAAACGAGGAACCAUUAUGGCGUGAUAAUACCAAGCGACAUAUAAAUAUCGAUAAAAAUCUGGAUUAUCUAAAUAAAAAUCUUGCUAGAAUUAGGAUGGAUUUGCGAAAAGAUGAAGAUAUUGAUUUGCCAGAUGAGGAUGCAUUGUUUACAGAAGGAGGAAUGGUGCAGUCUUUGAGACAAGCAACGGAUACCGGUGGUGAAACACCCUAUGGCAUUCAUGUUGACGAUUUGAAUGCACUUUUAUUGAGACGCGAAUUGUCAGGUUUUAAGCGACGAGAAAGGCUCGAUGUUAAGAAACCAGGUCCGUUGUUUUCAACGAAUAAUCAUAUAUUUAAAAUGCAAACACCUAUCGCUCAAAAAGAUUCCAUGAUUGAAACUACGACUGAACAAGAAGAUGAUGAUAAUAACGAUCUACCAAUUUCUUUACCUGUGAAGAAGGAAUGGAAAAGCAACAUACCUUCUAUUGAAAAGUCUUAUAAAAAUGUUGACACCGAUCAUGUCUACAUUGAAUUUCAACAAGAAUUUCAUACUUGGGAAGAAGGCGAGCGCGUUGUUGAGGAGGUUUGUAAACUAUUAGAUUUAAAUCCUGGAACUUUAACAGACAUACGAGUUGGACGCGCAGAAGUAACAUUCAAAGUUACCAAAAAUAAAAAAAACUUUAACUCUACCGACGUUGUAAAUAAAAUCGAUGACAUAAGAAACAAUUUACGAGAAAUUCUAGGUGUAGAUGUGAUUCGUGCAGGCAUUGGAGAUAAGGCAAAAUUACCAGCGACCUUGGAAGUGCCAAACGAUAUAGAAAUGAGUUCCACGUUAUUUGGGGCGAUAGUGGCUGCUGGAAUAGCAGCUGCAAUAACAGCUGCAGUAGUCACCUUGGUAAUAGUACGCCGGCAUGCAAAAUCUCGAGAGAAACUUGCAGGUCUGGCUACACCUGAUCCAGAAGCAUCAAAGGAUUAUCAAGAUCUUUGUAGAGUAAGAAUGCAGGCUAAACAACCUACAGAAAAACAGGAACCAUGGCGUUUAAGCUCGUCGCGCGAAAAUGAAGGGAAUAAUUUCGUACCUGAUCGUUCGAGUACGUCUUCAUGGACCGAAGAACCUGCUUUUUCAAGCAUGGAUAUAUCAACUGGGCAUAUGGUUCUGAGUUAUAUGGAGGAUCACUUGAAAAACAAAGAUCGCUUAGAUCAGGAAUGGGCAGCUCUAUGUUCAUAUGGAUCAACCUCGAAUGAUGUUGCAGAAAACAAUACUAAUUCUAAAUAUAAUCGUCCUAAUGCACCACUUCCCUAUAAUCAUUCUAGAAUUGUAUUGAACGAACUCACAAAUGCUAAUAACUCUGACUAUAUAAAUGCAUCCACGAUUAAAUCGACGGAUCAUGAUCCACGAAAUCCAGCAUAUAUAGCAACUCAAGGACCUUUGCCACAAACAGCAGCAGAUUUUUGGCAACUUGUAUGGGAACAGGGUAGCGUAGUUAUCGUGACGUUAACUCGACUUACCGAAGAUGGUCAUGCUAUGUGUUAUCGUUACUGGCCAGAUCAAGCAGAAGGAUCCGAACGAUAUCAUAUUUAUGAAGUUCAUCUGGUUUCGGAGCAUCCAUGGUGCGACGAUUAUUUGGUCAGAUCAUUCUAUUUGAAAAAUCUUCUUACUAGUGAAACACGUACGGUCACGCAAUUUCAUUUCCUCUCUUGGCCAGAGAAUGGUGUGCCACACUCAACCAAAGCACUAUUGGAAUUCCGCAGGAAAAUUAAUAAAUCGUAUAGAGGUCGAUCCUGUCCUAUUGUUGUUCAUUGCAGCGAUGGUGCUGGACGUACUGGUACCUACUGCUUAAUUGAUAUGGUUCUAAAUCGUAUAGCAAAAGGGACAAAGGAAAUUGAUAUUGCGGCUGCUUUAGAACAUAUUAGAGAUCAAAGGCCGAAUAUGGUUGCUACAAAACAACAAUUUGAAUUUGUAUUAAUGGCUGUCGCAGAAGAGGUACACGCGAUCUUAAAGGCUUUAUCCAUUCCUUCGAACGAAAAAUUAACUACUACGGGAAAUGGUUCCUCUUCACCUACGAAAUCUAAUCAGUGAUCUAUUUCUUCAUCGAAAAUCCGGACUGGCAACCAUAGGGAAAGUACUAUAUAAUUAAGUCCAAUGUACCUUGAAAAAUGGCCAAAUAUCUAUAGUAAAUGUAUAAUCAUAUUGAUAUUCUAUUGGAGUAACUACUGGUUUCUUCUAGAUUUCUUUUCACUUUGCCUUCUAAUCAAUAUUAUUCUUGAUCCUUGUAUACACUCUUUAUGAUGAUUCUCUGAUUGAUUUUAAAAUCGGAGUAUAUGAAAAAACAAUUAAGCAGUUUAAACAAAUGGAUAUACAAUAAUGAAAGAGUUCAUGAAUAUAUGAACAAUUAGAAUAUUACUGUCAAUUCAAUAAUUGACUAAAAGCAUUGCUUCUUACAAUUAAUAUAUCGAACUCUCCCAGUAUAUUACUCUGCAUUAGUGCAAUAAACUGAUAUAUUUAAAAAAAUCUACUUCGUCCUACAAAAUAACAAAUAUUAAAGUAUAGAAAAUAUUUCUACCUCAAUACGCUUCUAAUUUUAUUUUACUUUGUUUAAGUAUAUUUUUUUAAAAUAAUUAAGUGUUAUAUAUUUUUCGAUGCAUAAGUCAGAUACGGCCUAGAGAAAUAUAAUUGAAAGUUAACAUAAUUUAAAAGUUACGAAUAGUAUACGUUUCACAUAUAGAAACACGUAUAAAACAAAGAAAUUCUAUUAUUAUAUGGUAUUAAGAGAUGCUUUAUGUAUUAAGUAUUUUUCUGGUUCUGAUAUUUAAAAAUAUUUAAAAAUGAUCGUCGCAUAAGAAAUACAAAAAUGAAUAAUUUUUUCGUAGCCAUUUUAAAAUUCAGCUAAAAUAAUUAAAUAAAUCGUAUUAAAUACGUAAAUAUUAAA